GAUCUAGAGGGUUCAUGUAAAGAUCAUAAGAAGAGGUGAACCAGUAUAAUAAACAGCCAGAGCAGAAAGCAAACAACCUUUGGAAACCAAAAUGAGUGGUGAUAGGAGAACUAGCUAACUAGGAUCAUCUUCUUCAUUAUACAGUUCCAAAGAUGAUCACCACCUACAUGGCGAUCUAGAGUCUAGACACACCAUUUCAUGUACAAACAAAGCUGGGAUCCAUGGCUGAACUAGUAGGGUACGCCUCCAGCGCGAGGGGACUGAUCAAGAUGAUCAUGGCCACCGUGCAGACGGCGAAGCGGAACAAGAAGCAGUGCCGGGAGCUGGAGGAGCGCGUCAGGAUGGUCUCCGCCGUGCUGAGCCGCCACCGCCGCCAUGAGCUGCAGCCGAGCACGACGGAGACGACGAUGGCGGCGCGGCUGCCGCCGGGGGCGAGGGAGGCGGCGGACGGGCUCGACGGCGUGCUCCGGGAGGCGCACGAGCUCGCCGUCGCGUUCAGCCAGAGCGGCGGCGGCGGCGGCAAGAAGACGGUGCGGCGGCGCCUCGUCUGCUGGGCGCGGCGGGUGGUCGGCGCCCGGCGGGACGCCGAGAGGCUCGCCAGCGUCCUGAGCAGGAUCGACUUCUACCUCUCGCUCUACCCCGCCAUUGCCCACGCAGACACGGCGUGUCGCGUGGACCGGCUGCUGUGGACGACCACCGUGAAUGUCGUCGUCUCCGCCGCCGUCGCCUUCGCCGGGUUUGUUGUUGUCUCCAUCUCCAUGGUUUCACGCAAGAAAUAAUCUGAUCGACGGACAGUAGUGCAAACCCUGGCUGAUAUGUAUUGAUACGUAUGUGUGUGCAAAAGAACUCUCAGUGUAGUCGCUUUACCGCGAGUUGCAUGUGCAGUUAUGGGAAUAUCUAUACAUAUUUCCCUUUUUUAUUAGGAUACGAUAAGGCCAAUAGUUCUAAUGAGCAUCUCCGAGAGAGAUAGUCAGCCGUGGCGAUGAGAUCGAUAAUGAUGACAUCAAACAGGUAAGGGCGGAACAUGACCAGAAUAUAGGACCAAGCAUAAUGAAGGCGGUUGAAGAGAUCGGAGGAGGUAGCACUACGAACAACGCAGCCUAUGCACAUGGGGAUCGUGGAUAUGCCGCGCCAGGGAAAAGCCGGUGAGCAUGGUGUGACGCCGUGAAUGUGCAUGGCCGAGGACGACAAGGUCAUGAACGGUGAAUAUAAGUUUUGCGACUGUGGUGUAUGCAAAGACACGUACAAUACGUGCGAAGUAUGACUAUAUAUGCACAAGUAGUAUACAUGUGGGGCCAGCAAUUGGAGGUUGGCCGGCCUAACACAUGGGGCCAA